CACCUCACAGCAAAAUCUAAACCAAAAAAUUUGAAUAGAAUAAUCAAACUAAAAAGCAAGAAAACGGAAAAGAAACUAUGAAAAAUGGCCCAGACAAGCUAAAGAAUGGCAGAAGCGGUCAGUGAGACUUCUCAUGAAAACAUUCAGAACAACAUGGCGGUCAAGUUGAAUCCGUUUGUCAGAGCUGGUUCUGUGAAUAUUCCAUUAAAGUAUGUGUGUCUUGGUGUUCUGGUGUUGCAGACUUCUGUGCUGGUCUUGACCAUGAGGUAUUCAAGAAUGGUUCAUGAGGGACCUAUGUAUAUAUCUUCUACAGCAGUAGUAAUGGCAGAGUUGUUCAAAGUCAUAGCUUGCGUCUUUGUAAUAUUUCAUCACUGUGGUUAUCGAUGGAGGGCAUUUGUAAAUGAACUUAACAAUGACAUUAUGCAGAAACCAUUAGAGACUUUCAAACUUGCCGUCCCAUCAGGAUUGUACACUUUACAGAAUAAUGUAUUAUAUAUUGCGCUAUCUAAUCUGGAUGCGGCGACAUACCAGGUUACUUAUCAACUGAAGAUUCUCACUACAGCCUUGUUUUCUGUUGCAAUGUUAAAUCGUAAACUAAAUGCAUACAAAUGGUUUGCUCUGGUACUCCUAAUGGCUGGAGUUGCUCUUGUAGAGUGGCCAACAGAUGGGGACAAAAGUGCCAAAAAAGACCUUACAGCGUCAAGCAAGUUUGUCGGUCUGAUAGCUGUGUUGUCUGCUUGUUGUUCUAGUGGUUUUGCUGGAGUGUACUUUGAAAAGAUACUCAAGGGAACAAAGGCUUCAAUAUGGCUAAGAAAUAUUCAGCUAGGUUCUUUUGGAAUAAUAUUUGGUUUAUUAGGAGUACUAUUUAAUGAUGGCAAAGCUGUUCAAGCAAAUGGGUUUUUCCAGGGUUAUAAUUACAUUACAUGGAUGGUUAUAUUUUUACAGGCAUUUGGUGGUCUGGUCGUUGCAGCGGUUGUCAAAUAUGCUGAUAAUAUUCUAAAAGGCUUUGCCACGUCACUGUCAAUAAUUUUAUCGUCAGUAGUAUCAUAUUAUUUACUUCAAGAUUUUAAUCCGUCAAUUUCAUUCUUUGUAGGAGUUUUUUUUGUUUUGUUAGCAACAUAUUUGUAUGGCAAACCAUCGCCCGAGCCAUCACAACUUUUUUUACCUAUCAAGACAAGUGAUAACACUAGUAACAUUUAA